AUCACGGGAUAGUUAUAUUUAUUACGAUUUCCUAUCUUAAUAACACCUAAAACUUGUGAAUUUUCAAAAUGAGCUCAAAAAAAGGGACUACGCCGCAAUGUUUUUUCCGGCCAAAGAAAUAUUUCAGGAUGUUGUUUCCAAAUAGCUCAAAUUUAUCAUCUCCAUUAUUGAACAACUUUGAGUCAUCAUUAACCGAGAGAUUGAAGAAACUCAUACCUCAAAACAAAGAUGAGAUUCUCACCUUACCUUGGAUGAUUCUUGCUAUGGAAUUACUUUAUGAUACACAUAAUGAUAUAAACAUCCUCAUCACUGAUCUCAAGCUUCAUGAUAUGACUGAUUCGGAGCAUGGAUAUUGGUUUGAGAAUUACAUGAACAUAAAUGCAAAAUUGCUGGAUCUUUGUAACGCUUUUCGCUCCUUGCUCUUAAGCAUGAACCAUGGAAUUUUAUGCUUAAAGCUCCUUAGGCAUAAAUUAGAAAUGAAAUCUGAGGAUCAAUGCACUGAGAUUUGUUCCACACUUGAUAGUUGGAGGGAAAAUAUUACCGCGGAAAUCUCGAAAUGCCGCAAAGUUCUUGGGAGAUAUGUUAGAUCAUUAAACUUUCAUAGAGUCAAGAAUUGUAUCAAAGAAGCAAAGGUUUUUAUGAAGGCGUUUUACGCGGCUAAUGUUCUUACGGCUUAUAUCUGCAGUGUGUUUGUGAUAGUUUUGUCGAAUUCCGACAAAGAUAUUUUGCCUAUACAUGUCUCGAAGAAAUCAUUGUGGAAAAAAGAUUUCUUGGAUUUGCAGACUAUCGUAAACGUCAAAACAAGAGAUAUUCUUUCCUCUGAUGGAACAAUGGUACUCAAAGAGUUAGAAUCUGUUGCUGCCAAAAUGAAGAAGAUGUAUCUUACAAUUCAAGAAGGUGAUGAUCUUGUUCAAGAAAUGUUUAAGGAGUCUAUUGCGGAAUGCAAAGAAGAAGUCGAGAAACUGGAUCAUGGGUUAGAUGAACUCUCAAGGAAAAUUGACAACUUGUCUAGUAUAACCUUUAAAGGACGUGAAAUCAUUUGUGAAGCCAGAAUUCUUCCAAUUUUGAGGUUUCUCAAAACAAAUAUUGAUAUGACGAGCAACAAGGAUAAUGACUUGAAGAAGAAGAGUGACGGUAACGUAUUCAUAGAAGAUCGUGCUAGCAAACUCAUGGCCGAAGGAGAUACAAUGUUCAAAAACAAAGAUUGGGUUGGUGCUAUCAAGAUCUACGAAAAGGGGCUUCAUUGCCUCCCCAAGGGACACAGAGACAGAGCUAUGUUUCAUGACAGACUUUCGUAUUGUUUGAUGCACAUUGAACCUAUCAACUAUAAGAUGAUAGCCAGUCAGUGUUCCAAGGCGCUUCACAUUAAGCCUGAUGAUUCUCGACCACUUUUAAGAAGAGCUCAAGCUUAUGAAGCUCUUGGAAAGUUUAGCAUGGCUCUGGCUGAUUUAAAUAAGCUUUUAAAAGCUAAACCCACUCUCGAAAAGGCCAAGGACAUGUGGUAUAGGUUAUCCAUGAUUCAGGAGUUAAAGAAAAAACGUGCAAUCGAGUGGAAGGCAUUGGAGGAGGAAUGGGAGAAAGAAGCUUCUGUUGAUAAAGAAUUGGAGGAGCUAUGGGAGAAAGAAAGUCCUGUUUCUUCUGUUGAUCUUUCGAUCGCGAAAUGGGACGAGGAAUGGGAGAAAGGAAGUUCAGUUUCUGAUGAGAUGGAGGAAUUAAAUAAAACAGGUUCAGCUUCUAAUGAGGUGAAGGAAUUAGAGAUCAUGGAGCUGUCCUUUGAAAAGCUGUUCAGUAGGAUCUUUGGAAAGGAAGAGAUACGUAUUCUGAUGGCGGGUCUUGAUGCUACUGGUAAGACAAUGAUCAUGGACAAGCUUAAGCAUGGAGAGAUCAAGACUGCAACCCUUGAUUGCAAUGUGGAGACUGUGGAAUACAAGAACAUUAACUUUAGCGUGUGGGAUGUUUGGGGUGAAGACAAGAGGCACUACUUCCACCACACACAUGGGCUGAUCUUUGUGGUGGACUGCAAUGACCGUGACAGUAUUGUGGAAGCUAAAGACGAGCUUCACUUAAUGAUGAAAAAGGAUGAGUUGAGAGAUGCAGUGCUUCUCGUCUUUGCUAACAACCAAGCUCUUACAAACGCGAUGAACACCGAUGAUAUAACUGAGAAACUUGAGCUGCACUCUCUCCAUCAACAAGUCUGGUGCAUCCACGACACUUGUGCUUCCUCUGGAUAUGGGCUCUAUAAGGGACUUGACUGCCUUUCCAAGAACAUCGCAUACAAGGUAUAAUAUAAAAAAUUUAGUGUCUACAACUGUUGUAGUUUAACUUUGUAUUGCUAAAGACUUCAUCAAACCAGUUGUUUCACUCUUUUUUUUUUCUUGUGUUGUUAGAAGGAUUUUAGUGAUGCAGAGCUCAAAAUAGAUAUUGAUCUUUUGG